AUGAUGAUACAUUGUAAUUAUUGUUGGAAAGAGUUCAUUGUCAAGGAUAAUUGCUAUAUAACAUCAUGUCUUCAUUGCUUUUGUGAACCAUGUGCAAUGCAACAAUUCAAAGAUAGAAUGUGUCCAAAGUGUGAUUCUGCUCUCACAAACAAGUACGAACCAAACUACUUAUUUGAAAUUGCAGAGAAAUCGGUAGAUUUUUGGACAUAUCAAAAUAAAUUAUACCUUGAAUGUGAAUCAAAGAAACUUGAAUAUACCCAAGACUAUUAUCUCAAAUUGAAAGAUACCUUUAUGAAAACAUCUGAAGAGUAUGAAUCAAAGUUGGAUAAUCUUAAGAAACAAAUUACAAUACUCAAAAAAGAUAGUGACAAUGACAAAAAAGAGAUUGUUGAACUCUCUGAAAAGUGUGCUGAAAAGACAAGUAUGUUUACAACGUCAAAUCAACAAAAGGGAUUCAUGAUGGGUUCAUCAUCAUUCAAGUCGCCUGGUGGUGUCUCGAUUGGCAACAGUUAUAUCCAAAGCCAAUUAAAAUCACCAAUCCUAUUUCAAAAAUCAAAUAUUACUACUACAUCAAACCAAUUUCAGCAGCAAAGGGCAAGGCCAAAUCCAACUGUAAUCCCUUCGCCAGCAUUGGGUGGUGAUAAAUCUUUCAAUUCAAACAACUUGAACAAUCGCUACGUCGUUGGCAGAUCUCAGAGAGUAGGCGCGGAUCAACAGAAUUCUUCAUUGUCCCCUAGUUUUAAAUCAAAUUCAAAUUCUGAUAAAUUUUCUUUUAUUCGAAACCAACAACAACAACAACAACAACAACAACAACAACAACAACAAACCCCCAUUGCCAAUCGUAGAACUACCAGUUAG